AUGUCUCCACACAGCACCAUGGACAACACCGACACUUAUAGCGAGGGCAACUAUUCGGACGCCGCUGCGCCCGUAACGAACGGCCUGGCGAGCGGCGGUGCCAACGGUGUCACAAACGGGCUGCACAAGAACACGUCCCGCAUCCAGCCGGCCGCGGCCGAUUCCUUGUACGACCUGGUGUGCGUCGGUUUCGGCCCGGCCAGUCUGGCCGUCGCCGUCGCCAUCAACGACGCCCUCGAGGCCGGCACCCUGGCCCAGUCCCCCAAGAUCCUCUUCCUCGAGAAGCAGAGCCAGUUCGCGUGGCACGCCGGCAUGCUGCUGCCGGGCGCGAAGAUGCAGAUCUCCUUCAUCAAGGACAUGGCCAGCCUGCGCAACCCGCGCUCCAACUUCACCUUCCUCAACUACCUGCACCAGAACGACCGCCUCGUCGAGUUCACCAACCUGAGCACCUUUUUGCCCGCGCGCGUCGAGUACGAGGACUACCUGCGCUGGUGCGCCUCGCACUUUGACGACGUCGUGCGCUACGACAGCGAGGUCCUGUCCGUCUCGCGCGACGAGCAGGCCGAGGACGGCGCCGUCAGGACCUUCCGCGUCGCGUCCAGGGACGCCCGGACAGGCGAGGUCGCGACCUACCGCGGCCGCAACGUCCUCAUGGCCAUCGGCGGGCAGGCCAAGCUGCCGCCCUGCCUGCCCGCCGGCCACCCCAAGGUCGUGCACUCGUCGCAGUACGCGCAGCUGAUCCCCAAGAUCCUCGACGACGCCAACGCGCCCUACCGCGUGGCCGUCGUCGGCGCCGGCCAGAGCGCCGCCGAGAUCUUCAACAACAUCCACAACCUGUACCCCAACUCGCGGACGUGGCUCGUCAUGCGCUCCGAGUUCCUCAAGCCCAGCGACGACUCUCCCUUUGUCAACUCCAUCUUCAACCCCGAGUACGUCGACAUGCUCUACCCCAAGUCGGAAAAGUACCGCCAGAACUUCAUCGUCGACGCCCGCGCGACCAACUACGGCGUCGUCCGCCUCGAGCUCAUAGAGAAGCUGUACGAGCGCCUCUACGACCAGCGCCGCGACCUCGGCCGCGACGAGAAGCGCUGGCCGCACCGCAUCCUCGGCGGGCGCCGCAUCGCCGCCACGACGACCGAGCCCGCCGACGGCAAGGGCACCGCCCUGCGCCUCAAGGUCGAGCACGCGCCCGUCGUGGGCGGCGUCGAGGUCGGCGACGCCGUCGUCGAGGCCGAGACCGAGACGCUCGACGUCGACCUCGUCAUCGCGGCCACCGGGUACCGCCGCGACGCGCACGUCGACAUGCUGCAGGACGUCUGGGGCCUGCUGCCUGAGACGACGAGCGAGGAGGCGGCGGCGCCGCGCGUGGACCGCUGGCUGGUGCAGGCCAAGGCGAGCAAGAGCGGGGCCGGCGAGAAUGCUGCUGCUGCGCCCGCGAUGCGCGUCAUGGAGGUCGGGCGCGAUUAUGGCGUCAAGUUCACGCCCGGCAGCGUGGCGGAGGGGUCGGGCGUGUGGCUGCAGGGCUGCUGCGAGGGGUCUCACGGUUUGAGCGAUACCCUCCUCUCCGUCCUCGCCACCCGGGCCGGCGAGAUCGUCGAGUCCAUCUUUGGUGUCAAGGCGUAG